AGAACAUGUGGGGGUGAAGAGUCUCGGACAGCACGUGUGUUUUGAUCGUGAGGCGUGAGGAUAAUUGCAGCCGAGGCAGAUAUGGUGUCUCAGAAAAAGGAGAGGCAAGGCAAGGAUUUAAAGCAAAAAAAGUCACUAAAAAACUGUAAUGGCUCUUCUCCCAUUAAAGCCAUGAAGGGAAAUGCUAGGAAUGGUAUUUCUACUGAUGACAAGGAAGCUAAGGUUGAUGUUCAAGGACAAGAUAAAGAUAUUGAGAGGAUAGCAGGCAAUGCCAAUGAGACAUCAAAGAAAAAGAAGAAAAAAUCUUUGUGGACAACACCAUCUCCAAAGAAGAAACAAAAGACAGCUGCAACAGAUUGUGAAGUGGAAGAACCGGAUCAGAGCAAGGGUGAGGCCAUUGGCAAAGAUAACAGCUGUGACAGUGACUCUGAAGAUGCUGAGAGAAAAAUUAUAACUGAUGUAGACAUGGAAGAACAUUACAAUGGUAAAGAUGGAGAAAUCACUGAUACAGAAAAAGAGAUAGAGGAAGGAAACCAACAGUGUUUAGGAAAUUUAGUGACAGAUAAUAUGUCAGAUAAUGAGUCAGAACCAAGUGAAAUUUUAGAAGAGAGUUUAGAUGCCAAUGAAGGGGCAGAUGAAGAUGAUGAUCUGUUGCUUGAUGAUGAUGAUGUUGACUGGCCCAGUGAUGAUGAAAAUGCAGAUGAGGAUGAAAAUGCAGAUGAGGAUGAAAAUGUAGAUGAGGAUGAAAAUAAAGAUAAAAGUACUGAAGUGAAAGAAAUGAAACAUGAAGCCCCAAAAGAUGGAAAACUGUGGAAACUAAAUAAGUGGAAAGAAUAUAUGAUGCACAAUAGAAGAGAAUUGGCCUGUAAACCCCUGUCAGUAUACAGAGAUGAUGAUGACACAAUUCUGUUAGCUUUGGCACCGUAUACUUCAGUGUACUUCCAAGGCAUUGCUCGGGUCCACCUGAUCGUUGGCAGUGUUAAAAUUUCUGGUUAUGAGUUGGAAGAGGGCGAGGAGCAUACAGUUUAUUCUUUAUUAUCUCAUUCCCUUCUGGCUUUGGAAGCGAAAAAAGGAAUUGACUUGUCUAUAAAGAAGGACAUACCAGGAGUUCCAAAGGAUUGGAUCAAAGAGCUCAUGUCAGAUGAGAUCAAAGAGGUGAUCAUUGUCAAGAUGACACAUCAUUUUCCACCGAUGGCAAAGCUGCUCUAUGUGGCUGGCUGGAGAGACUUGGUUGAUCGAGCAAAAGACCCAACUUAUGGGCUGAAAAGUCUUCAUCUGAUCAGUAGAGGCAGCAGUAGGAGGUAUCCACUGUACCAGGAGGCACCAGAAUGGGACGCUGCAUUGGAAAAUAUCAAGUCCAGUUAUAGGAGGGGAAAAAUGCCUUGCAUCGUUGUGGCUGGUGGACAAAAAGUGGGGAAAUCAACCUUCUUUAGGUAUCUAGUCAACAGUUUACUAAGUAUGCAGCGAAGUAAAGGCGUCCUUUGCUUGGACUUUGAUCCUGGUCAGACAGAAUUGUCACUGCCAACUUGUUUGACAUUCUUGCAUGUCAAGUCUCCUCUGUUGGGUCCUCCAUAUACACACUUGACUGUGGGUUCCAAUGACAGUUGCAAGCAAAUCCUCAUAGGUACCAGCACACCACAAUUUGUUCUGCAGAAAUACUUGAAUGCAGUCCAGUCCCUUUCUACUUUCAGCCGUAACUAUGAGAGUCUUCCAAUGGUGAUUAACACUAUGGGUUGGUCAAAUGGAACAGGUAUUGACCUCAUCUUGGAUGUGAUAAGGAUAACACAGCCUACACACGUGAUCCAGAUCUGUAGCGAAAAGAGGCAAUUCAACUACCCCUUCUUCUUGAACAGUGAGACAGUUGAAGGCCAUAGAGGAGGCAUUGCCACAAAACCUGGGUCUUCCUAUCUUGAACAUCAGAUGAUCCCUCUCCGCUCAGUAUCUGUGUUGAAACUGAGUAUGUGUAAUUCUAGCAGUCUCCGAGAAAUAUCAGUUUUAUCCUACUUCAGUAAAAUUAUCAGUCAGGAAGGCAAGAACGAAAAGAGUUCCAUGAAAGGUAUAGUGAAAAUAAAGUGGUGUGAUGUUGUCCUCCAUGUUUUUAGUACUGAAGUACCCAGAGAGAAAAUUUUGCAGGCCCUCAAUGCGUCCUUAGUUACACUGUGUAAAGUCGAUCCCAAUGACAUUGAGACUGUUGGUCCAUAUUAUCCAAAGCAGCUUGUUCAAGAUGCAGAUUUUAAGGACAUUAUUGGAUGGGGCAUUGUCAGAGGCAUUGAUCCACUCGCACAAGAAUUGUAUGUUCUGACGGACUUGAGUGAAGAAACGGUUGCUUCUUCAGUUAACGCCAUCAUCAUGCCGGAUUUAUACCUGCCCACUCAUUCAUAUACAUUAUUUGCAGAAAAUUCUAAGGAAGCACCUUACAUGGAGCAGCCAAGGAAAGAAGACCGAGUAGAACUUGUCAAAGACCGUGUGAAAAAGCGGUCGAAGUAUUCAGUACGAAAUAUGGAACGUUAAGGAAAGACGUUACCAUAUUCUUGUUGAGAUAAAGUGGUUAUACUGGUAUAUAAUUUGUAUAAUGUACUGUUAUAUAAUGUAUGUGGAUCUUCAGUAUGAAACUAAUAUAUUGAAUUUUGUUGAAUGUACAGUUAUUAUCUUAUAUAUAUUUUGUAUAUAUAGAUGCAGGACAGAUAAAACAUGUAAUUGUUGUAAAUUUUAUAUUUCAUCCACUUUUUUUCGUUUUUGUACCCCAAAAUUGAGGAAAUGGUACAAAGCUUCAAAGCUUACCAUUUUUCUUAGAUAAUGAGACCUGUAUGUAAUGUUCAUAUUUACAUGAUAUGCAUAUAUUAUUAUCAACUAUAAGGAAGUUUUGACUUAGCUGAUUGGACAAUAUUUCUUACUCUGAUCGUCGUAGGUUUAUGCUAAAACUAUUCUUGAAAAUUAAUAAUGAUGAUUGAUCCAAUAGCUGCAAUAACAAGCAUUUAACUAACAUAAAACAAUGAUGUGAUUUUAAAAAAUUAGUUGGAUGUUGCUACUAUAUAUACAACUAUACUGGUAAGAUCUCA